CAAAAUUAAAGAAAAAUAUCCCCCAAAACCAAAACCAAAACUUUUUCUCUCUCUCUCUCUCGCACACACACAAUCUCAUCUUCGUCACUCUUUUGCGUAAAAGAACAAAAGAGAUGGGUACGAUAAACCAAGGUAUAAGUUUUUUUGAUGAAUCGCAAACAAUCAUAAACCCUAAUAAUAGUAACCAUCUAGGUUUCUUCUUCUCUUUCCCUAGUCACUCUUUAUCUUCAUCAUCUUCUACGUCUUCGUCUUCUCCCUCUUCUCUUGUGUCUCCAUUUCUAGGUCAUCACUCCUUAAACUCUUUUCUUCACAGUAACCCCUCUUCUUUCGUAAAUCAGCCUCAAGAUCCCAUAAAUCUCAUGGCGAAUCUCCCCCAAACCCUAAUCUCGUCUUUGUCCUCCUCAAAGCAAAGGGAUGAUCAUGAUGGUUUUCUUGAUCUCGAUCAUCAUCGUCUUACCGGUGGUAGAUCGUCCCAAAGGCCCUCGCCAAAUCCAUGGGCAUGGAGUAGUCAAGCGGGAUACGGAUGUAGCCAGAAAAACAACCAUGGAAGCGAGAUUGAUAUUGAUGACGAUGAAAAUGAGGUUGGCCAUGGUGGAGGAAUAAAUGAUGAAAUCAAUGAUCAUCAUAAUCAUCAUGAUACUGCUCGUCGUCAUGAUAAACAUAACACGGCGUCGCUAGGCGUAGUUUCUUCCCUGAAGAUCAAGAAGCUUAAGACAAGAAGGAAAGUGAGGGAACCUCGGUUUUGCUUUAAGACACUUAGCGAGGUCGAUGUCUUAGAUGAUGGAUAUAGAUGGAGAAAAUAUGGCCAGAAAGUUGUCAAAAACACCCAGCAUCCCAGGAGCUAUUACAGAUGCACACAAGACAAGUGUAGAGUGAAGAAGAGAGUGGAGAGAUUAGCAGAUGACCCAAGAAUGGUAAUCACUACUUACGAAGGAAGACACCUUCACUCUCCUUCUAAUCAUCUUGACGACGACUCUCUCUCUUCCUCUCACCACUCUCCUCUCUCCAACUUCUUCUGGUGAUUUAUCAGUUUUGUUUUCUUUUCUGUUGAAUCAACCAAAAUUAAAAAAAUCAAUCGACCUUUCCCACAACUAAUUAUCGUAUUAUAUUAAUCAAUACCUAGAUUAAUUAAAAAAAAAUAUACCUAUAUAUAUGUUCUCCUUAAUUAGGGAAAAAUGUACGAUGCUUUAGUAUGUGUAAUGUGUUUCGGUUUGUGUUUGUAAGAUGAUUUAUAUAUGCACCGUUUCCAAAUGAGGAUUAUAUAUGUGAAAUGAGUUCCGAGAGGACUCUUUUUAUAUAUAGUUGACUUAAAUUUUAUAUUUUUAUUUUUGU